GAGACGCAAGAGCCAAUAGGAAAUCUGAUAUUGCCGUGACGUAGGCUUUUCAGCCAAUUGCAAACGAAAGUCGAUCCACCAAUUGUUACGGACCCACCAUUGUCUCCGUUGUAACCAUGGAAAUGACGCGUGCGUAAUCGUGGGUUGUAAGCCUACAAAGGCAAAACAAAUAUUUGUGAUGACGACGUACAAAUGUGUAGCUACACGAUUCAACAACUGUUUUACUAUUUCACGUUGUCAGAGCGAGAACCAAUAAGAAGACCAAUAUAGUCGUGGGCGGGAUGUAACGUGGUCCGCCAAUCGUUGCGUACCAUCCGUGUCCCGUAGCAACGGUGCAAACGACGCAUGCGCAAACGUUCCAAACAUGGGAAGCCCUAAAAUGAGAGGAAAAGCAUACACGCUCGAAAUCAGGCCUGAUUAGUAAUGCUGGGAAGCACAAUAAUAAAUCAACGACAGCACGUGGGAUUGCAGAAACUUUCUGCACUAGCUGCCGUUGCACACUCCACACUGGGACCUUGUAAAAAGUUCAAGUUUAUCCAGGAUGAGGCUACAGGGGAGUCAACUCUGGUCAGCUCAUGUUUGCGUAUCCUGGACAACCUUGACUUGGCCACCUGUGCUGUCAGCCAGCUGGUUCAUGAGACAGUUCGGGCACACCACAAGGGUUUUCGCACGGGCUCCGGAAGCCUGCUGUUUUAUGCUGGAGCGUGGAGUCGGGCAGCAUUGUCGUGCUUGCACCAAGGGAUUCCAACGUCUCAUGUCAUUGCAGCCAUGAUUGAGGGGAUGGACUUGUGCGUGGACGUUUGUAAGAGAAGCAGCAUUUCAUUAGAUGCUCUUUGUGUGUCGACACAAAAGCAACCCACUGAGAUACCAUCAGGCUCCAAAGUCACUAAAGAAAAAAGGCAAGUAAAGUUAAGUCGCCAUUUUUGCAACACAGAGCCUGAAAGUAUUUCAGUUCCGGAACCUGGUCUUACUGAUGUUGCACACCUGGCAGAAGGACUGAGCCACGGUUGCAAUGAUGCAAUGAAUUUAGUCAUCCAAGCCAGUCAUGUCCAGUCGAAAGACAUCCAAAGUUCCGUGUUUGACGUGACCAAAGUAACCGCAUGCGUUUUGCCAGGCUUUCCGGAGGAUCAUGCUCACGUUUGUCCGGGCUGCGUCGUUCUUCUCAAUGCAGAACAGGCUUCUGUCGCGCAUCACCUCAAGAACCAACCCAUGAACGUCGUUUUUAUCAGUGGGGAUUUAUCCCACUCCUAUCGCCACCUUGGUUUUAGCAGGCCUGUGGGCAUCCAAUGUGUCGGCAACCAGUCGAAUAUGUCUGAUUUAAGCCAAGAGGAAUACUGGAUGGAAAAGGUCCUCGGGCUCCUGUUGCAUCUAGAUGUGAACUUGGUGCUUGUCAGUGGGCUUGUAAACAAGACUGUAAUUCAACUCUGUUCUCAGCAUCGUAUACUUGUAGUUGGAAAAGUUACUUUCUCCAUUUUAAAGGAAAUGGCUAUCGCAACUGGAGCGGUUCUGGUGACGUACGCCACGCAGUUGACUAAGCACUGCGUUGGCAAGGAUAUCCACAUCAGCAUAUGGAGGGAAUUCCAAAAUCACAACGGGAUGCUGUUAACCGCCCUCAAUAUUAAUGCCGAUGGUAACACCCGGUUUGUCACGGCCGUAAUCACUAGCCCAGUACACGGAAAGUUGCAGACGCUGGAGGAUCGCUUUUGGUCUUGUGCCUACCGCGUGCAUCACGCUUUGAAAGACAAAGCGGUGCUACCUGGUGCUGGAGUCACAGAGCUGUUUUGUAUUCAUCGUCUGACGGAGAAAGCGGAUGCAGAGAAUCUCAGAAAUGGGACCUGUGGUUCUAACCCCUACCUUGGUAUUGUCUUGCACCUCUUGGCGGGCAGUUUUAUGGAUUACAUAGCUGCCGUGAUGGCUAACUCCACUGGCGUGUCACGAGUCAAAGCCAGUACUGUGGUAAAUCAGAAACUACAGGAUGUUAACAGCAUUUCUGCAGAGUUAUCACAACUCGUUUUGGACUCUCACGAGGAUGUUUCCCCAUCCAAAGUCUUUGACAAUCUUAGUGUCAAACAGGAAUCAUGGCGGAAAGCCUUGGAUCUGGUUUUGCUUGUUUUACAGACGGACGCUGAGAUCAUCACUGGUUUGGAUGAAAGCAAGGAUGUCAACCGUGCAGGUCUCAUGUUUUUAUGAUUUUUACCAGAAGAAGUGUGUGUUUUUGCUUUGG